AUGAGCGGACGGAAGCCGAGCUUGGACAAGGCACUGGAGGUGCGGCAGCAGUACCUCGACUACCACGCGCCGUCUCUGGCGUAUGCCUGCCUGGGCCUUGCCGGGAGCGGGAUAGGGAUCAUUGCCUGGCCACUGGCGGCAGAAGCACCGUUUGCUUCCAUCACGGCAGCCACGGGAUUGCCAGCGGUGGUCUUCUCGCGGCUUGUCAUGGCUCUGGGCUUUGUUCUUGUUCUGGCCGCCAUUCCCUACGCUGCCCGCUUCUUCAGCAAGCCGCUGGCCCUGCCCAACUUGACUCCGUCGCAGCGGCGGCUGGCUGGCUUGCCAGCCGACACCUCGACUGAGGUCCUCCAUGCUGCGCAUGAGCAUCCGCUGGUCAUCUCGGACCCUGGCGUCUUGUUUGAUGGAAAGCUCUCGUGGAGCUGCUCUUACUGCCGGACGCGCUACACCUCGGAGGCCUGGCUCUACCGCUGCGUCGAUGACUGCGACUGGGUCAUGUGCGAGCACUGCGCCUCAUCAGAUCUCCGCUCGGGCCUCUCCAUGGGCCGCGAUCACCGCCCGAUCCAGAUCGAGAGUCUGAUGGCCAGCAACGGGCCUGUGGCUGGGUCCCCGUACGGCUCGCCGUACGCGACCCCGUUUGCGUCCCCGUACGCCUCGCCGCACGGGUCGCCGCACGGGUACAUGUCGCCGGUCUCGCCCUCGCACACUGGCGGCUCUAUGGCGGCGCCCCAGGCCUCACUCCUCUCGCCGGCCCAGGGUCGCCCGCUUUGGGGCUCGCCGGCUCACUACGGGACGCCGACCGAGUCGCGCGUCAUAUCGUCACCGCGCGAGCUCGACGCGUUUCUGAACCAGGCUGAAGCGAGUCGGAUGUACGGUGGCGGCGUGUACGGAGUGGGCGACGGCAGCAUGCGUGAUGGUGGGAGUGUCGGGCUGGUGGCGCCGAUGAACAUUAGCAUGGGCGCGGCCGGCGACACAUCGUUCUCGUUCAAGUACAAGAACGCGGUCCGGGCAAGCUCAUACGUCGGGUACGGGUCGCCGGGCGCGCUCCGCGGGACAGCCGCAGCGUCCAAAGGUGCGAGCAAGGCUGCUGCAUCGCCGUUUGGCAACGAGAACCGCGAGGCAUCCAAGUUUGUGCUCCGCAAGGUGCUGCGCAUCGAGCCGUACAUGGAGGAGUGGACGGAGAACGUGCGCAAGUGGCUAGUGGCUGCGGUCCUCCGGCGAGUCUCUGCCGCCAUUGAUAAGUCGUGGCACCUGCGCGGGACGCUCAAGCCCGAGGGGGCGGCGGCGCAGUCUGGGGCAACAGCCUCAUCGUCGGCGCUGUAUGGCGCCAAGAAGACCGGAGGCUUCUCGUUUGGCGGCAGCAAAUUGGGAGCCAAAAAGCCUGGCGGGUUUGCGUUCGGCAAGUCUGGCGGCGGGUUCAAGACGAAUAAGCCGGCCGAGCUGAGCGAAGCCGACAAGGCGGCGCGGGCCGAGUCGCGGUUGCGGCGGCAAAUCCAGAAGAUCAAGACGUACCUCAACGUACUGGGCUCGUCGUCGGAGGACUACGUCAUCCACCGCCUCCGGCAGCUGGUGUCGGGCUCGGUGCUUGCGGCGUUCUCGUGGUCGUCGGGCGGCGAGUGGAAGGGCCGCCCGUGGACGCCGGAGCUUCCAACCGACUCCCAGAUUGUGAUGCACAUGUUUGUGACGUUUAUGGACCAAAACAUGCCGGCCUUUGACGAGACCUCACAGACGCCGUUUACCUCGCGCCACUUUGUGCCGGUCUCGGGUGAGACCGACACCACCAAGUCGUCGGACGUCAAGAUUGUGCAGUGCUCGGUCCAUCCGCCGCACUUUCGGGUUGUUACCAAGGUUGGAACGUGGGAGGUGCUGCACGGGCGCAAUAACCUGUUCCACAAUCUCAUUCUCUUCGCGUACUACGUCAAGAUGCACAAGAACGGAUUCCUCCACCAGGUUGAUCUCUCUGGCGACGCCAUCGGCCUGCUCAAGGUCAUUGACAUGUACAUGUGAGGCGGCGUGCUGCUCCUCGGCAAUGCUGCCGCGUGCUUAUGAGUUAAUCUUCCGCGCCGCGGCAACGCUACGACGAGGACGACGACGAGUACGACGACGAGUCGCGGAAGCCCGGCGCAAAGCCCGGCGAUGAUGAGCUCGACGAGCUGCGGCCACGCGAUGCAGCGAGGCCAGUAAACUCGGAUGAAGCCGA